AUGGACUGUUUGAGCAAGUUCAGAGCUUGCAUUUUUAGUCCUUAGCCUGUAUAUUGUGGGGCCCAAAAUUCCAACCGACAGCUCCACGUAUACAGUAUAUGCUAUGCGCGCCUUCGUAGACUACAAGUAGACGAGAGGCAUUUUUGCGCAAAUGCCAACAUUCUGUCCAUGGUGCGCACAUGCCAAAAUUCUAUCCGUGAUGUCACAAGGCAGAUCUUGUUGAAAUCCAACACCAGCAGCUGGUAGGUUGGAGUUGUGUUGGGUUGAAUGCGUUCUCAUCACUGCAAGUCAAGGCACAUUGCGCAAACCACCGCCUGGAGGUGAAGACGCAGCAGCAGCAACUCACAGCGCACAGCGCACAGCGCACAGCCCAUCCAUCCAUCCAUCCAUCCAUCCAUCCAGCCAUCCAUCCAUCCAUCCAGCCAGCCAGCCAGCCAUCCAUCCAUCCAGCCAGCCAGCCAGCCAGCCAGCCAGCCAGCCAGCCAGCCAGCCAGCCAGCCAGCCAUCCAGCCAGCCGGCCAGCCAGCCAGCCACCCAGCCAUCCAUCCAGCCAGCCAGCCAGCCACCCAGCCAGCCAGCCAGCCAGCCAGCCAGCCAGCCAGCCAGCCAGCCUGUGGAGGGACAAGAAGCGUCUCAAGAAGCUUCUCAAAGGCGUCGUCAGAUGAAUGCACGGACACUUGGACCUCGCUGCUACGUCUGCAACCACUGUGCGUUUGGCCGCUUCGGUUCAGUGCGCGCUGCAAGAGCGCAAAAGCGAGCCGGUGCGAGCGAGCCAGCCAGACAGAGCCGGAGCCGGAGCGAGCGAGACAGCCAGCCAGCCAGAGCCGGAGCUGGAGCCCGAGCGAGCGAGACAGCCAGAGCCGGAGCUGGAGCCGGAGCGAGCGAGACAGCCAGCCAGCCGGAGCUGGAGCCGGAGCCGGAGCGAGCCAACCGGAGCCGGAGCGAGCGAGCCAGCCAGCCAGCCAGUCAGAGCCGGAGCGAGCUCUCGUGUGGACUAUCUAGCACACCAUGUGGAAUCUCUGAGGUGGCAGUAACCUUACUCCUGCGAGCACGCCAAAGCAGCCUGCAAAAGCGUCGCCCAUGAGCAGGCAGGCAUCGUUUGGAGUGUGAUUCUGUUUUCGCCCAGAUUUCUGCUGCCUGGACAAAUGCAUACAAAUGCAUUUAGGAGCUCAACGGACAAGGAGUGGACGCGUUUCCGCGGCAGCAACGUGGAACUUUCUUCUGCUCCUGUCAGCAUGCUUUGCAGCAUUCUCUGGAGAAGAAGACUACCUAGCUCAAAGAGUGGAUAUCCUCGAUCAACUCGGGCUCACGGCUCCGAGAACAACAGACAAUCCGUACCAAAGAAGUGCCAAAGCUUCAAGCACGUAUCCCAAUGUUCCCUGGGCACCUCCAAAUGUCCCGUUUGCUGGACGGGAUGGGGUAGCGCUAGACUCAAAUUCUCUUUCUGAGGCUCCCGUGAGCAGUCUUUUUCCUCCACAAUUUGGUGAGGAGUUUUCUGUUGUGCUAAGCGUGAGCUCCCGGCGAGCAAACAAUGCUUUGAUUUCCAGUUUCAGAGACGGCAGGGACAGACUGCGUUUUGCCAUUCGGCUCCUGCCGCGCGCACUGCUCGUCUACACGGCGGAGGAGACCGCCGUCCGCUUUGCCUACAAUUGGCACGACGGGCAGCGGCGCUCUUUUGCUAUCGCCGUUGGAGCGCGCUCCGUGUCGUUCUAUUCCCGUUGCGGAGCGCUGCGCCAACGACGGCAAAGGUCUCGGACGCUCGGCAAUUGCGCUGGCCCCUUCACUUUGGGGAGGAGCGAGCUCAAAGCGGCGCCAUUCAAUGGGCGGAUCUGCCAACUGGAUGUGUUUCCUGCGGCCCGAGCUGCCGCGCGCUAUUGCGACUACCUCCGAAAACAGUGCCGGCCGGCCGACACGUACCGAUCGUCUCGGCCACGGCGCGCUUUGGCUCUCCGGGCAAACGAUAGCUCCAUGUCCAAUCCCGUCACAAGGUCCUCUCUGGGAACAGCAGAUCCUCCUCAAACGCCGAUCAAUUCCAAAGCAACGGUGGCCUCUGACACUGUGCUCCAACUCGAUUCGACCUCAAGCCCUACAGCAGACUCAGAUCUGGAAGAGCAGAGGCGCAUUUCUGGAUUGAAGGACCCGACUCUGCAGACUGACGCGACGAAUUCGCCGAGUGACGCUGGGAGCACCAGCAGGCGACACCUGCCAAUGACUAUUGGAACUACUUUACUUUAUGGUGAAACGAAUGGAGACUCCUUGGAGCUGGAUGGCAGUUACGACGAUAGGGACGGCUACGACGAUGGCUAUGAAGAGGCAGACCUCCUGUACGACUCGGAUGAAGAUGCCUUACGUGGGCCCAAAGGAGAGCCGGGUCUUCCGGGUCCUCCCGGUCCCCCUGGUUUACCUGGUCGUCAAGGUGCAAGAGGCUCUCGGGGUCCCAACGGUCCUGCCGGAAAACCUGGACCAGCUGGACCCCCUGGACCCAAGGGUGCAAAAGGAGACCCGGGGCUGUCUCCGGGUCAAGCUGCACCAGGAGAAAAGGGUGACAAAGGUCCACCCGGACUGCUCGGUUCUGAUGGUUUUCCAGGUUUGCAGGGUCCGAAAGGUUAUCCAGGACCACCUGGGCUGCCAGGAGAGCGAGGCAUAGCGGGACUUCCCGGGGAAGUGGGCUCUGCAGGUUACCCUGGCAGGCAGGGCGCCGCUGGCCCAGAAGGUAACCCGGGGCCCAAGGGGGUUGCUGGUUUUAUUGGACCUCCUGGUAUAGCUGGACCACCAGGACUGGAGGGGGAGAGAGGCAUAUCUGGCCCUCCUGGAAAAGCUGGUCCCAAAGGAAGACAAGGUGUGCUGGGUGAUGUCGGUGAACGGGGAGCGACCGGUCCUGAUGGCAGUGAGGGGCCUGUUGGUGGGACUGGUAUUACUGGCUUUCCGGGCCUCGGGGGUGAGCCGGGCCCCGAAGGUCCUCGAGGAUUGCCCGGUGUGGUCGGGCCAAAGGGACCAGCCGGACGAGCUGGCCUGCCUGGAUUGAAAGGUGAUAAGGGUGAAGUGGGACAACAGGGUGAACCAGGAGAGAUGGGUUUCCAAGGUGAUAAGGGCGUCCCUGGUGCAUCUGGUUCUCCUGGGCCAAGAGGAAAACCUGGACCACCGGGUCAAAUUGGAGAUAUUGGACCACAAGGCUCACCAGGGCCUCCAGGCCCAGAGGGUUUUCCAGGAGAUAUCGGAGUGCCUGGGCCAAAUGGGCCUCCCGGACCAAAGGGUUUGCAAGGUGCUCAAGGUGUCCAAGGCCCGAUGGGGCCACAAGGAACGCAAGGUGACGAAGGACCACUUGGCCUAUCCGGCAAUCCCGGUCCCAUUGGGCGACCUGGAAGGAAAGGCCACCUCGGUGAACCUGGACUAGAUGGUCUGCCGGGAGAGAAAGGGGACAGUGGAAAUGUUGGAAAAAUCGGAGCACAAGGUCUCGUAGGCCUCGUAGGAAUGGCCGGCGCGAUGGGAAAUCCCGGUGAAAAGGGUGACCGUGGUCCAACAGGUCCAACAGGUCCAGCAGGAGAGAAAGGGCCACGAGGAUAUCCAGGGUUGCCCGGGAGUCCCGGGGACAUCGGCAUGCAAGGUACACCUGGUCCACAGGGGCAGAGAGGAAGUCCCGGCAGUGGCGGUACAAAGGGCCGUAGGGGGCCUCGAGGUCCUGAUGGCCCAAUGGGAGAAGCAGGCCCCGAGGGCGCCAAGGGGGAAAUUGGUGAUAUUGGCUUAAAAGGAGAACCAGGAUUUCUAGGCAAAGUUGGCAUUCCAGGAGAGAGAGGACACCCUGGCAAGCCUGGUAAAGCGGGCAUUCCAGGAAGUAGCGGGGAGCGGGGAGCCCAGGGUGCGCCUGGAUCCAGAGGACCUCUUGGAGAGGCAGGACCUGAUGGAGAGCAAGGGCCUGAUGGUGGGCCUGGUGUAGAAGGGGAAGCGGGUGCCGUAGGAGAGCCAGGCUUAAAGGGUGAUAGCGGGCCUCCGGGAGCUGAAGGAGAGCUGGGCCAGGAUGGUAUAAGAGGCCCCGCUGGUCCGCCUGGUGAAGAUGGCCCUCAAGGGAAUGAUGGACCCAAGGGUGAUCCUGGUGAGUGUGGACAAGGAGGAGAACCCGGGGACAAAGGGAUGGAAGGAGACCCCGGACCUGCUGGGCCACCUGGACAACCAGGGAAACAGGGCUUUCGCGGGCCAGAAGGAAAGCCGGGCUCUCCAGGAAAUAGGGGACGAAGUGGAAAGAAGGGUGAGAAAGGUCCUCCUGGUCUUGGCGGUGAACCCGGAGACCGCGGCGACAUUGGCCCAGCGGGCGAGGCGGCGCCAAAAGGUGCCAGAGGAACUCGAGGGCCUCCUGGUCGGCCCGGCAUCAUGGGAAUGGAAGGGCAACCGGGAUUGGCAGGAUACGCAGGUCAUCCUGGUAAGCAGGGGCCUAUUGGACCCCCGGGGCCUAAAGGUGAAAAGGGUUAUCCAGGCGAGGACAAUAAGACCCCAGGACCAUCAGGGCCCUUAGGUGAACCAGGGACACCAGGAGAGAGGGGAGAUCGUGGGGAACCAGGAGACGAAGGAUAUCAGGGACAUACUGGUACCGCUGGACCUCGUGGGGCUGUAGGACCACCGGGCUUACCUGGGUCAGCAGGCAUGCCGGGGAAGCCGGGUCGGAAAGGAGAGAUGGGCGCUCCGGGCUCAGCGGGGAAGAAAGGUGCAACGGGUUUGAAUGGAGCCCCCGGAGUUGAAGGGCCAAUUGGUUUACCGGGACCCAAAGGCGUGAAGGGUUACCCUGGACUUGAUGGUCCUUCUGGACUCACUGGCUUACCAGGAUUAGCAGGAAAACAAGGAAGACAGGGCCAGCGAGGCUUAUUGGGACCAACUGGUCCUCCUGGACGUCCAGGACCUCGAGGGAGCAUCGGACUCCCAGGACCACCCGGAGAACCCGGACCGCCGGGUCAAAAGGGAGAGAUUGGCCUGCCAGGAGAUCGGGGAGUGUCAGGGGUCAGAGGGCUGGAGGGGGCUACAGGUGACCAGGGAAUGAAGGGUGAGACAGGAUCCAAAGGGCAACCAGGGGAACCAGGUCGUCCGGGGCUUCUUGGUUUGCAGGGCUUUCCAGGUCCAAAGGGUCCGAAUGGUGAUGUGGGACUGAAAGGUUUCCAUGGUCCCAAGGGCCCGACGGGUACACGGGGAUUCACUGGGCCAGUGGGGCCUGAGGGAAAGAUGGGCCCAAUGGGAAAAGCUGGGCCACGAGGUCCAAGAGGAAGCGGGGGUGAAAUGGGGCCCCAAGGGCCACAUGGAAGUCCAGGACCCAGAGGCCCCCCUGGAGCUCCAGGACCUACAAGGCAACUAGUUGAUGACCACAGCCUGUCUGACUCGAAAGCCGCCCUCGGAAACGAAGAGAGUUUUCAAAACUCACAAGUGGGCCUACCAGACCAGAAUGCCGAGAUUUUUAAGACUUUGCAUUACCUGAGUGGCGUUAUUGAGAGCAUCAAAAAGCCAGUGGGAACCAAGGAGAACCCCACUCGUGUCUGUAAGGACCUGCUGGACUGUCAUCCAAAGCUCAAAGAUGGCUGGUUCUGGAUCGAUCCCAAUCUUGGCUGCAAUUCAGAUGCUUUCCAGGUCUUUUGCAACUUCACCGCAGGGGGUCAGACCUGUUUGCAUCCACUGGCCUCUAAUAGGAUGGCGUUUGGUGUAGGAAAUGUCCAAAUGAAGUUUCUCCAUUUACUGAGUAGCGAGGCCAGCCAGAACAUGAUACUGCAUUGCCUGACCGCUCACUCCAACAGCAGCACAGACACCGGCUUGGGCUCUCCCGGCCCCCCCAAAGCAAAAGAGAGCGGUCGUCUUCGCUUCCGAGGCUGGAACAAGCAAAUGUUUGAGAGCGACACACUACUUGAACCGUUUGUGGCAAAAGAUGAGUGCAAGAUCCAAGAUGGCAGCUGGCAUGAGUCACAUUUCUUCUUCUAUACUCAGGAGAGCCAGCAACUACCAAUUGUAGAGCUGGAGGAAAGUCCCACACCACGUGGCAAUGUUAAGCGACAUAUCGAAGUUGGCCCCGUGUGCUUUCUUUGACCCUCUGCCCAAUCCCCAUCAUACUCAUUGAUUUGAUAGGAAGUUUAAGGGGCAAAUCUUUUCUGGAGAUUGCCUAUAUCCGACCCAUGAGAGAUUUUCAAAGACCCAGACCAUUUGUACGGAGCAGCCAUGUCAACCGAUUGGAUUAGCUGUAUUUAUGGAAGAUACCCUCGUGAGGAUAAAGCAAUUCAGAGAACGUUGGCUCGUUUAAUCAAUCGCUCGGCGCUCAGGUGGGCUGUACUGUGUGAGUACAUAUUGGCCCCAGAUCCCAGGAUGGAUGAAGCUGCCCGAUUUCAUCCAACGCCCACAGACACCUCCCCUGGCCUUCGUAGACACGCACGCCCAGCCCAUCCUACGCAGGGGCCCAUCCAAGAAGUGCGUCAGGCCUCUGAAGUGGAGCACUGUUAGAACUCCAAACGUAUGAGUGCAAUAGCAUGCGGACGUUAUGAAAUGAUUUCCCUUCAAAGGCUGUGUGGACAUUGUUCUCGUGAGAUUCUAGCGUCGAUCGGACCUGCUCAUCUUGACAGAUGGUGCUCUACCUCUACCUUGCUUUUUAGAAUGCUUGCUCUCAGAUUAAGCUUUGGUGCCUUUUUGUAUGUACCGGUUACAUCCAGGUGUAUUAUGUCGAGUUGGUCGCUUUUAAUUUAUGAACCGUUAUUUAGCGCGCUACGUAAUAUUGUAGCGUAGCGAACAUGCGGCAGGUUCUUCAGGGGAAUCCUAUCAUUGGUGCUGCAACAAAGAAUGAGUCAUCAGUAGGUUGAUUGCGUUUCCUGUGUAUAUUUUGCCAUCAUACUGUAUGUUUAUUUAUAGCCUCUUUCACAUUACUGUUCAACAGUAAGUUAUACUCUCAGAGAACUCUCGGUUCGUCCACACUUAUAGAAGUUUCCGUAGUGUUUUCCUUCACCUGCAACUCUAUGUUUAUAACACUGUUGAGUUUAUUAAGUGGACUGGCAGCUACAGUGGGCCAGAAUUAGAAAAAAAGAAUCACAGCCACCAUAUUCUUAAUUUAUAGCAAAGUACAAUGAUCUGAAUUGUGUGGAUGAAAAAAAGUGGGGUGCAUAUGUGUAAAUAAUAAAUAUGGUGUUACAAAGAAA